GUUUUGUGGUGUAUAGCAGAUUUCUUGUUCGAAGCAAAGGAAGAUAAGUUUACUUUCUCCCCUAGCUUUAUUUGUUGAUAAUAAAGUUUACACGUCACGUUGGGUUUAAACGUGCUGCAUUUUCUUUGAGAUUCAAGUGCUGAAAUACUUGAGAGAACUUUUUUUUAAAUUCAAAGUCAUACAGCUGUCCAUUUUUUCUUAAAAAGUGCGACAACGUGUUAUUUUUAACGUUGGCUGGUGUGAGCGUCAAAAUUCCGAAAUUCAAGGAACAUGUCUCGUGCGUACGAAGAUGCAAGAAAUGGCCCAGAUGAUGAGUAUCCAGAAGAAACAGGUCCCACUAAAGAGUAUGAUGGACCUCCUGGAAUGGAACCAGAUGGUGUUAUUGAGAGUAACUGGGAAUAUGUUGUUGACAACUUUGAUGAUAUGAACUUACGUGAAGAAUUGUUGCGUGGUAUUUAUGCAUAUGGUUUUGAGAAACCUUCUGCUAUUCAGCAAAGAGCUAUAAUUCCAUGUAUAAAAGGUUUGGAUGUGAUUGCCCAAGCUCAGUCUGGUACUGGGAAAACUGCAACAUUUUCAAUUGCAAUUUUGCAGAAAAUAGACACAAGUUUACGAGAAUGCCAAGCUCUUAUUCUUGCUCCUACACGUGAAUUAGCUCAACAGAUUCAAAAGGUUGUGAUCGCUCUUGGUGAUUAUAUGAGUGCUCAGUGCCAUGCCUGCAUUGGAGGAACUAAUGUUCGAGAAGAUAUUCGGAAGCUAGAAAUGGGUGUUCAUGUUGUUGUUGGAACCCCUGGAAGAGUAUAUGACAUGAUUAGUAGGAAAGCUUUGCGUACUGAUCACAUCAAAAUUUUUGUGCUAGAUGAGGCUGAUGAAAUGCUUUCUAGAGGAUUUAAAGAUCAAAUUUAUGAUGUAUUCACUACAUUGUCAACAAAUAUUCAAGUUAUACUACUUUCUGCUACAAUGCCAAUAGAUGUUUUGGAAGUGACUAAGAAAUUUAUGCGAGAACCUAUUCGCAUUCUAGUUAAGAAAGAAGAAUUAACAUUGGAGGGCAUUAAGCAAUUUUACAUAUCAGUUGAAAGAGAAGAUUGGAAAUUAGAUACCCUUUGUGACUUGUAUGAAACGCUAACUAUCACUCAAGCUGUCAUUUUCUGCAAUACUAGACGAAAGGUGGAUUGGCUGAUGGAAAAAAUGCAUAGUCGUGAUUUUACAGUUUCUGCCUUACAUGGUGAUAUGGACCAAAAAGAAAGAGAUAUCAUUAUGCGCGAGUUCCGUUCUGGUUCUAGUCGAGUUCUGAUUACUACAGACUUGCUGGCCAGAGGAAUCGAUGUACAGCAGGUGUCCUUAGUCAUUAAUUAUGAUUUACCAACAAACAGGGAAAAUUACAUUCAUAGGAUUGGAAGAGGCGGUCGAUUUGGUCGUAAAGGUGUAGCUAUUAAUUUUGUGACCGAAGACGACAAGCGGGUCCUGCGGGAUAUUGAGCAAUUCUACAACACCCAAAUUGAAGAAAUGCCAAUGAAUGUUGCUGACCUAAUUUAAAUGAACUCCUGAAUCAACUUACUAAAAGUUACAGCUCUUAAAGAGCUAUUCACGCUUUGCUGACUCUGAGUGAUGUUCAUUAAUUCAUAUUAAUUAUUAAAAGGACUGUUUUUGAUUGCAGCAUUUUGAUACACUGCAUCCUUCAAGUUAGCUUUUAUAUGCAAAUGUAUGAAAUUCUUCCAUGUAUAGUUAAUAUGACUGUGUUUUAUUAUGAGGCCAUCACAUGUGCCUCAUAAGCUUUUGGGGGGUCAAGGUAAUCUAUUGUCUAGAUUUACGAAGAUUUUCUUUUUAUUUUGUUAAUCAUCCAUCUCCUCUGCAUGAGAGUCAGGUAGCAAUUUACAGUAAUUACAAUAUAUUUUUUCAUAUCGCUAUCAUAUUAAAAUAGUAGAUAAUGGCCAAAUAAUUAAUUCAUUAAAAUAAAUUAGCUUGUAAACAAUUGUAUUAAAAGUUUUUGUCAUUCAUACAUAAAUUUUUUUGUGUGUAAAUAUAUUUUAUCAUGUGACUGGUCUUUUCAGCAUAACCAAGUCAUCUACAGAAUUCAUCAUGUUUUACUAUCUGUUAUGAAUUUGUGAUUUGUCACAAAUUAUUCAUAAACUCAUGUUAUUGUUAGAAUACAUUGUUCAUGGUCAGUAGUACCUGAUUGUGAAACGAUUAGUGUUAUUUUUUGUGUGUGGUUAUGUAUUUGCAAGUGUAUAUUGAAUUUAUGUCUGCAAUACUUUUUUUUGUAUAUAAUUUUUGUAAUCAUUUUUGAUUCUCUUUUGUCAUUUAGCUUCUGUUUUGAAAGUUAAUUUUUCAUGUUCCAUUUAUCUUUGAUAGUUAUUACUGCUGAAUUUAUUUAAAUAUCAAGUUUCCAAAAUAUAUUUUGUAUAAGACAGCACUUGCUUACAUAAUUACACUGUUUUUCGGAUUGAAGAAUAACUUGUUUUAUAUCUGUAACAUACUUUGCAAAAUUUUCUUUUGAGUCAGCAAAAUUUUUAAAAGAAGGUUUCAGCAUGUGAUUUUGUUAAAUUUUUCCAGUAUGAUUGUUCAUAUGACAAAAAGCAGAAUUUAUUUCUAUUAGCAUUAAUCAAUAUCCAAAUAACUAUCCCAGACAUUACCAUAGUUUCUAUCUUUUAUGUGGGAUGAGAAAAAAUUUGGUUUUGUUCUCAGUGCUAUUGCUUAGUGUAUGAAUACUGAAUGAACUUCUGUAUAUUUUCUAUUAAUUAUGGGCACAGUUCCUGCAUUAAUAUAUAAUGGUACUAGUUUUUUCGAUGAAACAAACUUAUUAUAUUAGAAUCUUUCUUUAAUAAUUUUUUUUAUAUAUUUGCAGCUUUAUAUUAAAUAUCUGUUUUACUGUAAACUAUUAUUUCAGAAUGUAUCUGUUGAGGUCUUAACCUUUCCCACAAUAUUUUAUAAGGAGGGAGAAAAAAAUCCCGCAGAUUGAAGAAUAUGUUCAUCAUGAUAUUUUAAAAUGUGAUAUAAAUAUAUUAAAAGAAGUAUUGUUUCAAACUUUUUCUUUUAAUUCCAAACAUAUCUGACAUCAAAAAUCUUUUUAUUAAAAUGUGCACCUAUUCAGCCAACAGUAUUUGAAUGCAUCUUGUAAACAGAUUUCUGCUGAUUAAUUGUUCUUGAAACAUUUGUUUUCUCAUAUUUGCAUUUUAGUUUGAGUUCCUUUUCAUAACUAUUUAUUUUUAACGUUUCUAAUUUCUUGUGGAUGAUUUGAAAUGAACAUAUAUUGUUGGCUUAUGUAUGACUAGUUAGUAUAUAGACAUGUUAUUUUACAUAAUGUUUCUGCACUUUUUGUUUCUUUUUUUAAUGAAAUGAUAGAAAAUAAAGUUAUUCUUAUGUU